AAACAUAAUUCGUAAUACAGUGCGCUCACAGUACGCUUUGGUAUUCUCCUUACUGCUCAAGCUUUUUUGUCCUCAGAGUUCAGACUAUAAUUAAAGUAGCGGUUGUUCAAAAAUAUUUUAUGGAACCAUUUAAAAACAUCACAAAUGAUGCUCUCGCAAAAAAAAGCGGCGGAAGCGGAAGAAGCCCGGCGGAUCCAGGAGAAAAGGGAAUUUGACAAGUCUGCCUCCAUACUGUUACACGGAUGCAGCUUAUGGAUAAUUUCAUCCAACAAGAGAGCUGAUUCUCGGACAUUUUACUUGUCCUCUGAUUACGAAAUGAUCUACUACAGAGACGAUGGCCCUUAUCGAUAUCCUCUUGCAAAAAGCAAAGCUACUAUAAUUGAUAUGAGCGAUAUUAAGGAUGUAUGCUCUGGAUACAGAACGGAUGUUUUCCAGUCGUGUGCUGAAGACAAGAAAUUUGCUGCCACAUAUCGCGAAGACUGCUGUUUUUCAUUUCUUCUGACCUUCGGAACAACGCUCGACCUGGUGGCCGAAAACAGAGAAAUUUGUGCAGCAUGGACGAAUAUCGUUCAACGUUUGAUAAAAGAGGAUCCCAGCGAAAUAUACGAAAAUCGCCUUAAAAAGUUUCUGAGAAAAUGCUUCCGCCUGGCCGAUACUUCGGGUGAUGGACAUUUAGGUUUCGAAGAAUGUGUGAAGUUAGUUGGCUAUCUAAAUAAGCAAGUUUCUCGGGAAACCACACUGAAAUUCUUUAUGGCUGCCGGCGCAACCGCCAUUUACACUGAAUCUCCGGGUGUGGCGCUUUUGGAUCGGGAUGGAUUUCACAAGUUUUACCGACUUUUAACAGAUCGGAAAGAUUUAAAGGACGUUUUCAUGAAAAUUGCUGCAUUUCCUGUGGUCGAAGGGCUUGAUGAACUGGUUAAACACGGACAUAAAGUUUGGACUCUACAUCAUCUGCGGGCAUUCCUUAAAGAUUCUCAAAAAGAACAGCGAUGUAGUAAUGAUGAGUGCAAAAAAAUUGUCCAAAUGUUUGAACCCGGUGAACUGCUUCGCUUAACUGAUCAGCUAAGCUUUACAGGAUUCCAGAAUUAUUUAUUGCAUCAGAAACAAUUCCUGCAGAAAGCCGAUUCUGAGUGGAAAGGCCCUGGGAACAAUGCACCGCCUAUUCGUAUAUUAAAGCUAAGCAUAACCGUCAUCAGCGCCCAGCAUUUGCCUAAAGCGGAAGGUAAAGACUGGAAGAGCAUCACAGAUCCUUACGUGCAAAUAAAAUUACUCGGCGAUCCACGGGACUGUUCAAAAGAACAGACAGACUUUGUCGCAAACAACGGAUUUGGUCCUACAUGGAACAAAGCAUUCAAGUUCUUACUUUAUGAGCCGGAAGAUGCGGUUAUACGCUUUAAACUGAAAGACAAGGCAAGCUUCGGAUCGGAUGUAUUUAUUGCACAUUGCAUUAUUCCGGUUAUGAGCAUGAAAGAAGGAUACCGGCAUAUCCAGCUUUUCGAUAAACAAGACAACCUUUUGGCAAUGUCAACCCUCUUUGUAUUAGUGGAAAAAGAGCCAAUUUACUACGCAAACGGCCAUGUAUUAUUACGCGACUGAACUAUGCGUCGCACUGUACGUACAUUAUGUGUGCAUCUACACGUGUGUUCAUACCGGUAUUUGUUUUGGGUGCCUACAAGCAUUGUGCUCAGUUUCUUUGUCAUUUCAAAAACGCCCAUUUUAUUUGUUUAUGGGAUGUAUUGUUACAAAUAUGAUUUGCAAAAUAUCCGUCAUCUUCAGAGUGUUUGUCACAACGGGUAAAUGUGAUCGCUUAAAAAGGAAUGCUCAAUUAAAUUAUCAAGUCAAAAA